UAAAAUUGAGCAGCUACUUCUACCUGACUCAACACCUCUAUUGAAUAUGCAGCCACCAAGCCAUAACAAUAGAAUCCUAUCAAUUUUCUAUCUCAAAAUGGUGAUUUUGUAGUAUCUGAUCAGCAUCUGCUAAAGAAGCCACAUAUUCUCUAAGGGUCUAAUCUAUUAGUCUGAGAAAAACAUGGGAAUAAGAGAUUUUCACAUCAAGCUCAAGGCAUUCCGGGUGAAACGAUUUUUCUUUGGUAGAAGGAGAAGCAAAUGGAAUGCAACCAAGCCUUCAUGGAUGCUUCCAAUAUCACAUGGUCAUCAUGUGGUGGAGCAUCAUGUAAUCAAAGGUGGUUCUGUUGACUCAGACUUUGAUUCAGUUGUGAUACAAAGGGAGCAAAUGGAUCACACAGAACUGUGGUACUUUGGAAUCUUUGAUGCUGUAGUUGGAGAUGGAGUUACCAAGUACAUGCAAUCUCAUUUCUUUGGCAAGAAGCUCAAAGAGUGUCAUAUGAGGAGAAAAACCAAAGAAACAAUGAAGAGAGCUUACUUAGGUGUAAGAACAAAGAUCAGAGAGGCAUACAAGCCAGAGGAGGAGACAUACAGAAUAGGUUCAACAUCAGUGAUGGUGAUAAAUGGAGAAAACCUUGUGAUAGCCAACAUGGGAGAUUACAGAACUGUUCUGUGCAGAAAUGGUGUAGCUUAUCAGACCAGUGGCAGACACAAUCUAACUGCCAAGAGACAUUGGUAUCGCAGACUCUUUUCAGCACGCAUGAUAGCAUGUGAAUCAGGCAAUAAAACAGGUGCAAAGCAUUCUAAAGGCUCAGAACUUGUGCUGGGAGGUGACAGGAUCGACUCUGAUACUGAAUUUUUGAUCUUAGCAAGCAAUGGCAUAUGGGAGGUGAUGAAGAACCAAGAGGCUGUGAAUCUUAUAAGACACAUAGAGGAUCCACAAGAAGCAGCUGAGUGCUUGGCAAAGGAAGCUAUGAUUAGGAUGAGCAAAAGCAACAUUUCAUGCUUAGUCAUUCGCUUUGACUGAUUAUAUUCCUCCCCAUAAGGAUGUAUCCUUAUGCUUUGUGAAUCAUGCUCAUGCCACCACACUUGGUGAAAUCUAAGUAUACUACUGCUCCUUACAGUGUGAAGAGUCCAAUACAACUAGGUUAUCUAGGUGUUUGUACCUUCAUUUUGUCAAAACUCAAUAGGGAAAAAUAAUAACCGAGCUUAUUGGCCAAUGCCAUAUGUUGAUGACAAUAUUAAUUAAGUAUUGUUUUCUUUUUGGAAUUCGAUUUGGUUAAGAAAUAACUAUAUAUUUUUAGUCCUUGAA